AUGUCAUUAUUCCAAAUUAUUGUAAUUGCUUAUCUGAUAAAAAUAUUCAAUAUUGCUCUGUGUUAUAUGCUGGUGCACCCAGUUAAACAUCAUUUCUUUUAUUUUGCAUAUGGCAGUAAUUUGUUAAAAAGGAGAAUUCGAAUCAAUAACCCAAAGGCCGAAUUUGUAGGCGUUGGACGCCUUGAUAAUUUCAGGCUUGAUUUCGUACAUCAUUACAAUUUAUGGGGAGGAUCUGUGGCUACUAUAGUGCCAAACUUAAAAGAACAUGUAUGGGGAGCAGUUUGGAAAAUGCAAUGUGAGGAAAUGCCGUCUCUCGACAAACAAGAAGGUGUUGACCUUCAACAAUAUGUACCAAAGCAAGUCUACAUAAAAUAUAGAGAUGGCAAACAAGCGAAAUGUCGAACUUAUCAACAUACCAGUUUCCCACCCGAUGUUUGUUCUUUAUCAUCCCUUCCGGCACACAGAAGACCGUCGAUAACAUAUAAACAAUGCAUUGUUCAUGGUGCCUAUGAAUGCAAUAUACCAAAAGACUAUAUCAGAAAAUUGGAAAGAAUCCCCACGAACGGUCAAUUAGCUAGUCAAACUCUCAGAAAGUAUUUGAGAUUAUAA